UAACGUCACGUGUGUUUAUGUUGUCAUAAUUGUUUCGUCGCGAGUGUCAGGAGAGCGUUCAAAUUUCUAGUAAAUAUUUGAUAGCUUGUGAUUAGUUUUUAAUAACGUGUAGUAACUUGUGUUUGUGAUAAUUUUUUAUUAUCUAGAGAAGUUUAAAAAUGACCAGGCACGCAAGAAAUUGCACUGCGGGUGCUGUCUACACUUACCAUGAAAAGAAAAAGGACAAUAAAGCGUGUGGUUAUGGUACACUGCAGGGUCGCAUUGGCAAGGAUUCUGUUAAAGAUUUUGACUGUUGUUGUUUAACACUCCAGCCGUGUCGAAAUCCUGUUGUUACUCCAGAUGGAUACUUAUACGACAAAGAAGCCAUUCUCGAGUAUAUUAUUCAUCAGAAAAAGGAGAUAGCUAGACGAAUGAAGGAGUAUGAGAAGCAACAAAAAAAGGAAGCUGAACGAAUGGCAGAAUUAGCAAAAGCAGAGGAGGAAUCUAAAGCUCAGAAAUUCAUCGAAAUGGAGAAAAGUAUUGUCAGCAAACCAGUCGCUUCUACAUCAAAUGGUAUUUCUGACGCUGCUUCUUCUAGUAUAUCAAAUACAAGCAAUGGAAGAGAGAAGGUUCUACCAAGUUUCUGGAUCCCAUCCCUUACACCUGAUGCUGAGAAGGUAAAAAUAAAAAAACCUGAGAAAUCUGUGUUGUGUCCUAUGAGUGGGAAACCCUUGAAAGCAAAAGACCUAAUCCCAGUGCAUUUUACCGAAGUGAAUGAUCCGGAUGAUAAGAGAGCGUUGAUUACCCGCAAGGAUCGUUAUAUGUGUGCUGUAACUCAUGAUAUUCUUGGGAACUCUGUACCUUGUGCUGUGCUGCGAACAUCAGGUAAUGUCGUAACCAUGGAAUGUGUGGAAAAGCUGAUAAAAAAAGACAUGAUUGAUCCUACAAAUGGGCAAAAGUUAAAAGAAGAAGAUAUAAUUCCACUUCAAAGAGGUGGAACUGGUUAUGCUAGUACAAAUGAAAAAUUAGAUGCAAAAGUGAAGAAGCCAGUCAUGAUGGCUUGAAUCUUUUGUGUUGUAAUUUCUGAGACAUUUUUAUGUAAAACAUUAAGCAAAUAGUAAAUGAUUGUGUAGCAUACAUUAUGUUACAUUUAUUGAUGAUUACAAGCAUAGAAUUGUAGCCGAAAUGCAAUGUUUCUACAUUCUGUAAUUAUAUCAAUACAAUCGUUAUUAUUAUUUUAACAGAAUUAAUAACGUUUACAGUUAUGUGAAUGGAGCUUUAUUUGAGGUUUUGAAAACUUACAUAUAGGUGAGAACAGUGUGUAUUUUAUUGAAAAUUCUUCCUUACUAUAUGUGUUAGUGAUCUUUGUUUACUUACUUUCAUAGCACUUUUUUAGAACUGUAGAGAACUGUCCCAUGUAGCUUGAAUGUAUCAGUUAAUGUAAGUAUUCCAUGAAAAAGGCCUUUAUUAUAGUAUAUGCAUAAUAAAUGUCAUAUGUAUUAUAAAAAUUUUACUGUAUAUCUUAGUUCCCCCCCCCCUUAGAUUUUUCGUUACAAGGUUUUACUGCACGUCUCUUAACUUUUAAAAAUUAAUAUAUUUCUAAAUCAAAUUAUGCCUGAAAACCAGGGAAAUUCUAAAUUUCAUGCAAGCUGUAUCCUGAUUGAUAAAGCUCUGAAAAUUAAUUGGAGGAGCAUUUUGUUAUUGAUGUUUUAUCUGUUAACUCCUUUUGGUAAAUGUCUUAGUUCAUAUUAUUUCAUUGACUGUGAAAGGAUGAUUUGUGCCUUAAAACAGAAAAUUGGAAUAGUGAAAAAAAAAAAAAAGUGUAUUAUUUUACUUACUACAUUUUAAAACUUGAACUAAGUUUAAUAAAAUAUAUACAUUUGACCCGAA